AUGGCAUUCCGUUUGCCAUCAGACCUUUCUGCACCUGAUGCUUUGGUCUGGAGCGCAUUUCCAGCUCCAACUACCUACGACGAGUGGCGGGCAGCUGUCUCGGAGGUAAAAUCACUGAACCACUCUCAACAGUACAAACAGUGCGUGUCACGUUGCACACAGCUCAUUGACACUGCUACUGGUCCAAUCGAACCGAUUCACAAAACUUCUCUCUACUAUUACGCCGCGGUGUCAUAUGUUUCAAUGUCUCAGGCAGCUCACGUCUACUCGGCAGCCAAGAUCCCACUUCUGAACCUCGCUUUGGAGAAUUUCAUGGCUGCGAGCGAAACUUGGCAAGAGAAUCUGAUUCCUCCAGUUCUGAACCCAGAUCAGACCUACUCCCCCGUUGAGUGGCCAGAAUCUGCUACUCCAUCUCCUACUACUCCUGCAACACCGUUGACUUUCGAUAAUUCUCCUCCUCCCGAGGCCCCCUUCACGUCAUCCACUCUGGGCAGAGUAUCUUCUGUCUUGGAUACGAAUGGUCAGCUCGCUCAGUAUGGAAUUCUGACGCCACCUCAUUCUGUCUAUCCUUCCACUCCUCCCUCGUCUAGCGCUUCUCUGGCUACAGCUUUCGUCGUGACUCCACCUUCCAUCCCUGCCAUUUCCCCUCCGUCUCAGCCGAGUCCUAUUAGGGAUUAUUCUCCUGUUUCGAUCCCUGCCGUCUCCCAUCGAGCAGAAAUGCUUUCCAGUGUGAGCCAGAACUUCUCCUAUCCAACGGGUAGCAUUGCUCUGCCGCGUGGUGUUCCUUCUCCUUCGUCUGUGGACAACGAAUUGGUCUCUUUUGACAGUUCCAGAAACGGCGUUCCCAUCGGCGAAUCCUUGAUGAAGAACAUUACCCGCAUGCUUGACAGCUCCGCUCUGAAUGAAAGCGAUGACGACCCUUUCGUCUCAAAGAAACCUUUCUCUCCCAAGAUCCGUCGCCCGGUACACCUUUCCCCAGUCCAUUUUCCUGCUGACCUUGAGGACCCCAGAAGGCAAAUUGAGUUGGUUCCAUCGCCGUUGUCUGUCCGAAAGGUGUCUGGUGAGGUGAUCAAGUGUGAUCGUUCGAUGAUCGUCUGUGGAGCCUUGAACAAAAAGAACCGUGGAAGCGAAAAGGAUAUUUGCAACAAUUUCAACAAGCUUAUCCAGAAUAUUGAUUCUCAAUCUAGAUCAAUCCAGAAGAACUAUGGCAGUGACUUGAAGCGGACUGCCCGUGCUCGCCCUCCCCGUCUGCCACUCAAGAUUAUUCCACAUCCCCAGGUUAACAUCAAUGCAAACCAGCCAAUCCCCAGGCCCCUAAUUCCGGAGCGAAAGCGCGUGGGCCCUGUUCUGGUCAUGCCUACGCCAGAGGCCACCCCAGAGGAGAAGAAUACAAGUCCUAGUUCCCACUAUUCAACUACUCUUCCAGGCUCACCCGAGCAAAAGCAAUGGACUUCAUACCCAACCGCAUCCCCACCCUGCUCCUCAGUGACCCCAACCAGCGCAGCCCGAAUCGAAGUAUUCAAUUCGAGCACUAACUUCCUGCGCGAGAUACUUCCCAAGGAAAUUUCCUGGCUGCAGGAACAGAUCGACCAUGUCAAAGCCUUGCAGCUCAUCCACCGUCCCCGUAGCCCAGUGGCCAUAGUCCCAGACUUUUCGCGUUCUCGGUCCUUCUGGACAUUCAGUCCCGUCCGAAGAAAAGUUGUCUCUGCCUUUCGUGGCUCCCACCCAGGUGAAGGUCCUAAUAUUGAUAAGUUUGGGAACGUCCUCCGUGUUGAGACGAAGGUGCAGCGCAUUGCGCGGCUGCGGAAGGAGAAUUGGCAGAUUGGUAUUCAGGCUCCUCAUUCUGUCUGGAAGGGCUCUGAGUACUAUGAGAAGUUUCGUGAGGAUGCUAUCGCUGAUAUUGAGGAGCGUAGGGGGUUCUUCUGA